CCGGGCGAGCCGGAACUCGGGGUGCGGGCGGAGCUGGAGAGGGGUCGCAGUCCGGCGGGGAGCCGACCCUGGACGCGUCCAACGGGUGGGGGACGGCCGAGCUCGGGACGUCAGAGCGGAGGUGGAGGAGUGAAGUCGGGGCUGAGUGGGCGGCGGAGCCGGCGCUGAGACAUGGCCACUUACAACCCCGAGGGACACAUGCAACUGCCCAGAGCUGAUGCCAUUCGUUCUCGUCUCAUUGAUACCUUCUCUCUCAUCGAGCAUCUGCAAGGCUUGAGCCAGGCUGUGCCACGGCACACAAUCCGGGAGAUACUUGAUCCUUCCCAUCAGAAGAAACUUAUGUUAGGAGAUCAACACCAGCUUGUGCGCUUCUCCAUAAAGCCUCGUCACGUAGAACGGAUUACAUAUGGUCGAAGACUGAUGAGCAGGCUUGCAGUGCGCUACAGUUGGAGGCCACCUCUUUCUUUGUGGGCUGGAUGGGUCCUUGAGUGUCCUCUCUUCACAAACUUCAUCAUAUUCCUCAUAUUUCUGAAUACAAUUGUACUGAUGGUGGAAAUAGAAUUGCUUGAGUCCUCAAAUACCAAACUGUGGCCACUGAAGCUGACUCUGGAGGUGGCAGCUUGGUUCAUCUUACUUGUUUUCAUCUUGGAGAUCUUUCUUAUGUGGCUAUCCAGCUUUUCCCUCUUCUGGAAGAAUUCCUGGAAUGUCUUUGAUUUUGUUGUUACCAUAUUGUCCCUGCUUCCUGAGAUUGUGGUGCUGACAGGGGUAGCAGGCCAGUCUGUAUGGCUCCAGUUGCUGAGGAUUUGCCGGGUUCUAAGGUCUCUCAAACUCUUUACACGAUUCCGUCAAGUUCGAGUCAUUAUUUUGGCCCUGGUCAGGGCCCUUAAGAGCAUGACGUUCCUUCUGUUGUUGCUGAUCAUCUUCUUCUACAUUUUUGCUGUGGCCGGUGUCUACUUCUUCGAGGAUUAUACCCGUUCAACUCGCCAGGACCUGGAGUACCAAGAAUUCUUCUCGGAUCUCUUGAAUUCCCUAGUGACAGUGUUCAUUCUCUUCACCCUGGAUCAUUGGUAUGCACUGCUUCAGGACACAUGGAAGGUGCCUGAAGUCAGCCGAACCUUCAGCAGCAUCUAUGUCAUCCUUUCGUUGUUACUUGGUUCCAUUGUCUUUCGAAAUAUCAUAGUAGCAAUGAUGGUUACUAACUUUCAGACUAUCAGGAACGAGCUGAAUGAAGAGAUGACACAUCUGGAAGUUCAGCACAAAGCCGGCAUAUUCAAGCGGCAGAUUAUCCAGAGGAGACAAAACCUGUCCCCUGAUGCACUGAGGUCAAGCAAUAGCAAAAUGGAAAUCAGAGAUACCAGUCAACAAGUGAAAUCUUUGGGCUUAUCAGAAGAAGGUCUUAAAGAAGAGUCUGAAAGCAGUUCCUCUGAAGAAGAUUCAAGAGCAUCUGAGUCAAAAAAAGAGUUCUCGUCAAAAAAAGAAGAGUCUCCCUUCUCCUCCUCCUCUUCCUCUUCCUCCUCUUCCUCCUCCUCAUCUGCUUCCUCCCAACCUUCGCCUUCCCUCUUUUCCCCUUCUUCUGAAUCCAGAAAUUUUGACUCUAUUGGUGAAUUGGACUGGGAGACCCAUGUGCACCAGAAUCUGCCUGGGCUGAUGGACAUGGAUCAGGAUGAAUGCAUUGUUUGGCCUAGAGAUUCACUCUUCCGGUAUUUUGAGUUGCUAGAAAAGCUUCAGUAUAACCUAGAGGAGCGUAAGCGGUUACAAGAGUUUGCAGUGCAAGCACUGAUGAACUUUGAAGACAAGUAAAGCCAAUGAUGGAUGGCUUCGAUAUCUCUGGCACCAGAUAUUGAAGGGAAUAGUUUGAAAUAGAGAAUUCAAAGUAUAAAUGUUUAAUAAAUACUGCUGGUAAUUGC